GAAAUACAACUUUCUCUUCAGUGGCUGCAUAUCUCUGCGCCAUAAGUAGCGUUUAGACAAAGAGAUGCAGUCGUGAUUUUACGCGAUGAAUUGCUCAAAAUGUAAAUACACAAAUUUGCAACCUGCUUUCCGAUUCUGCCCAGGUUGUGGUCUUUCUCUGGCACUCGAUCAAAUUAACCCACGGAAGGAGGAAGAGAUCGUACCAGCUGUCACGAGCGAGCACCCGCAAGGCGAUGGAACAGACACCGGUUCUGUUGAGGUAAUUGUUCUGCUACAGCAGAUGCAACUCAAUGCAAGCCAAGUCAAUGACAACACAGACCUAAAUUCUGAGUUGAUGAAAAAUGCUUCAGACAGGGGCUUCAUAAUUGCUGACAAUGAAGGAUUAGGAAACUGCAUGUUUUAUGCUUUGUCAAAUCAACUGGAAAUUAUUCUGGGAAUCAAAAUUAAACCUGACGAAUUGAGACAAGUAUUGGUCCAGUACCUCAGAAAAAACCCUAUACUAGCGAAUGGAACAAAUCUGUCUUGCUUCAUCUAUGGACAUCAAUCAUGGAAUGAUUAUUUAAUGUACAUGGGGCAAGAUGGCGCUUGGGGUGACCAUGUUAUUCUGUGUGCUGCAGCAAACUGCUACAAAUCUUGCAUUCGUGUGGUCAGCAGUCUUUCCACUGCUCCCGAUGUCAUCUUAGAGCCAGAAUGUCCUGUUGACAAAAGCAGGACACUUGUGUUGGGACACAUCCAUGAAGUACACUAUGUCAGCCUUCUUUCCACACAAGGUGAUUGCCAGAAUAAGCAGCAGCCGUCAUCCAGAGACAGGGAAGUGUAUGAGAUUUUGUCAAGUCAGCAAACUCAACCUGUGAUUCACCAGGGUCAGCCAGACAGUAAGGGUGGUAUUCCCAUGAACAAUCAGCCAAUUGAAAGAGAGAAUGAGUCAUUAGAAGGCAAUCAUCAUUCAGGGAAUGCCCCUCCAACAUCCCGAGAGCCAGCAGUAGUGGGAGACAGUGGUUUGCCUUAUCAGUUUGGUGCUACAGCUCGUUGUGGGGCAGACCUGUCGGGUUCAUGGGAUAAACCAGAUGAUACAGAGCCAACAGCAACACAAAAUGGGAGGCAAUCAAAGUUUGACAACAGAGUAGGAUUUGAUGAAGGUUCCACAGAUAGCGGGGAUGACAGCCAAAGAGCCAUGAAAGCGGGACACACUAAUGGUGAAACGGUGAGGGGUCCAGCAGAACUUGAGCAGGGUGGCCUUGAUCCUAAUCAGAUGGGAAGGGAUGAUGGAGUCAGUAAUAGGGAGAAAGAAAGGAUGCAAGCCAAUCCACCAGAUAAUGCUUUGGUGACAUAUGCUAAUCAGCAGCAAAAGGGUGAAGAGAAGAAAAACUAUCGGGCUGAUUCUGCUAACAACCCUGGGAAAGAACAUAUAUGCUUUCCACCAUCAGGGCCACCCAGUUCUAGCCAGUUGGUCAAUGCAAAUUCUCAAAAACCUUCCUCGUAUCCCCUUGAUGAUAUAACAACUGAAAACAUUCGUGGAAACAAUUCUUCUCAGGCUCUGGAAAAAGAAUACCAGAUACCUAUUCAAACUUCACAAUCUCUUAAGGAUGAAGCUCCAAAUUUCAGUAAUGGAAUUCUCGACCGUGCUACUUUAGUGACGUUUUCUGCUGAGGACGAAGACCCUCUUAGUGGUUUAGGGAGCACAAGGGUGGAUGACAAAGGCUACGAGGCAGGAGAAGUAAAAGAUACACAGACUCCAGGUACAUCAUUACAGUCAUUUGAAGGCGGAAAUCCACCUUUCGACGGUGGGAAUGUCGAGACCACACUUCUGGUCCAGAACGAUGUGGAAAGGGAUACAACUGCCUUGAAAGAUCCUCCAAAUGGCUCAGAGGAAGUGCAGUUACCUCCUGGACAGUGGUACCGAAAAGAUGAAACUGAAUUUCAAGUAAAUGCUCCUGCUCCAAAAAACAAAGGACAAGGAAAAGAAGGAAAGAGAAACAUUCAACCUCCAUCGGCUUCACCGCUGCCGAAGUGUAGCUUGAAGCAAGUUGAACCAGAGAAUGGGGUUACUGUAGUGUUCCAUGUUUUGUUAGUGUCAAACUUAAAAAUGGAAGAGGAACACUUACACAUACGAGCUUCCGGAGAAGAUUUAGGAGACUUUGAAGUAAACUGUGUAGAUAUGGAAUUAAUAAGUGAAAAGGGAAGGGACAGGAAAAAGGUUAUGUACUAUAUCGGUCGCUGUACUCUCAGCAUCCAGCGUGUCUAUGAUGGAACCCGUUACAAAUACGUGAUAAUGAAGAAUGGAGAAGUUUUAUGGGAACAGCUUAUCGAGUUUCAACGCCCUCGUGGAUUUAUAGUCGAUCGAUACCUUCUCAUCCCAGAAGGACACCUGAAACCUGGGGCAAUAUGGCACCAAUAUGACGGAGUAAGCUACAUUUAUGAGAAAAGCUUAUGGGAAACAGUAAAAGGAUGGUUUCGUUCGGAAGAAACGGCUGAAAAUCGUGCGACAGCUCUACUCGCCUUCUUACCAAAUUGGAAAGGGUUUCUUGUCGAUGACACGGGGAUAGAAAUGACGGCUACAGAUGCGAUAGUGGAGUCAGAUCAAGUAAUACAUUGCGUGACCAACGUUUACGUGAAAUCGAACCUUUCUUACAGUAAGCCCGUAGUUAAGAAACCACCGAGAUUCGAUCUUCACAAGGUUUUGAUAGAGUACUUGGAACCUAAAAUGGGGGAAAACUACGCAGUGUUGACCAAGAGAGAUGUUGGAUUUAAAACCCGAGUUUCGGCACUGGUCUCCACUCUGGGGAUGGUCACGCUUUUCAAACACUACCAAACAGAGUUAUCACGAGAACUAGUGCUUACACUUUUACGAUGCUUGUCACUUGAAGCAGAUCCUACUGAGGAAAAAUGUACUAUGUAUGAAGUCGUUUUGGACGAAUUUAGCGAGGGACUCAGAAGCUUUGCUGCCGAGGGGAUUGAGGUACUCUGUAACCUAAUUAUGAGGGACGACUUGGCAACAGAUGCAGAGACGUGGCUGUUUGCCGUGCCACUUCUGCAUUUCUUACGAGGAGAUUCAAAGCCUUUUGAAGAGCCUGAUACCGAAGGAUCUUAUAACAAACUUGAGUGGUAUGGAGCUCAGAAGCUAAAGCUGAAAGAAUUUCAGAAAAUUUCAGCACAUCUGAAUUUUUCGGAUGUAUUGCCUCGACUAACACCAUCCUUUAGAGUUGACCCGCUGUUGAAAAGAACCUUUCUUCGCGUCAUUCCUAUUUGGGAACUCGAAAUGGUAGUAGAGUCAAGAAUGUUCUUCAUUUCCGAUGUAUGCAUUGCCCUAAUAACAUCCUGUUCCCGUGUAUCGGUGUCUGCAGACAAGUGGAGCAAUGUACUUCAGUGCAUCAAACUGAUGAUUUCCCAGUUGGAAAUGGACACAGCACAAACCUGCACUGACUGGAAGACUCUCGAGUUUACAACUUCAGUGUGUUCAAAACUGGUGGAAAUUUGCCUUUCAAAGUUGAAACUGGGAGAUUACCUGGAUGUCAUCUGUCAAGCCAUAAAACUUCUGUUUACAAGUAUCUGCAGACAAAGACGUGAGGUUAUUGAGGGUGUUCAUCAAGAUAAAAGACUGGAAAGCGAGGACAACUCCAUAAGUCAACUUUUGAAGGAUCUUAGAACCAGGAUAGUGGACGAUCUCCUACCUAGCAUGUCCGUCUGCUACAGAAGUGAGCCCCUAGCAAGAGAACUUUUGGUUUGGAGCGAGCUUCUUUCGAUUGCAGAUGAAAAUCAAGGCUUUACCACCUACCGGAAAUUCUUAAUUGAUCAGCUGUCCGACCGGGCAAGAAGGCUAGAGGCAAAAUACCUUGUUGAAAUUUUUUGCGAAAUGAAUAUGGAUGGGUUUGAAACAGCUGUUGGAGAAACCUUCACCAAUCUUGCAUUUGAAGCCAUGGAAAAGAUUAUUAACUCAGGAAAAAGAACAGGAGUCGACGAGCGUGUAUUUUACAUGAUCGCGAAUUCGUGUAAUCAACGUAAUACAAGGAACGAAAAAGCAGGAAAAUACGGCGAGCUUUUGUCCAUGUUGCUUACAAGCUCCUGGCCAAAGGAAAGACAAGAAGAAAGAGACACAUCGUCUUUGGAUCCUCGAACUGUUCAAUUUCUUUUGACCUGGAAACCGAUAUCUGGAUACCUGAGAUUCUUUGGAGAGGAGUCCGGAAGAAGUCACAUACUUUUGCCGGAAGGUCAAGAAACGUUGUGGUUGGCUAAAUCAUUACUGGACGCUCUUGUGGGAGACAUAUCUGAUGGCUCCGUAACGGUCGAGGUCUUAUCACUUGUGCAAAACCAUGAAAAAGCGUUUUUGGACCUUUUGAAGACAACAUCCGGAGUAGAGAAGAACGAUGCUGAGUGUAGCUUGGCCAAACGGAUCGAAGAACUUGAAGAAUUCCGUGCCGUGAUGGAAAAUGUGGGAACAUUCAUUGGAAUGUGUGAGGUGAUCUCGCCAGUCGAUUUGACCUUCCUCAAGAAAAAAGCCCCAAAAGAUGUUUCAUCUCAGUUCCAGAUUAAACAAUUGUGCAAACGAAAAGAAGAUGACCAGAUCGAAAUCACCUUCUUCAAACUUCCCCCUGACGUCAAAGAAGUUCUUUCGACCUUAAGAAGAGUCCAAAAGAGCUUAACGUUCCAAGAUCUCUGGACAAAAUACGGUAAUAAGGCACAGGCAGCUAGAAGGAAUGACGAAGCUCGAAAAGAACACCUUAGCUUUUCUGAUGUCCUUGAAAAUGUUUGGAAACCAUCUUUUCAACUUUGGAAUCAACAUGUUGCUAGUGUCAAGAAUGGGACAAUUCUUCUUGUAGAUGUUGACGAGGUUUUUGAAUGCUAUAGAAACCGCAGAAAGGAACUUGAGGAAGAGUUGUCUUACAUGUUUAAAGUAGGCACAGACCAAAGGUUUACGAACACCAAAGAAUUACAGUCAACCGUCGCCGCGCGAGCUGCCCAAAUUCAACGUUACCAACAACUUCAUCAGUACGCUAAUGCGGCUGACACCAUCUGGAAGUUCAAGGAGGCAAUGGACUUUACCGGGGACUUCAAAGUUGUCGAAGAUCUGCGUAAUCAGCUAUUAACAGAAUUCAAGCAAAAGCCCUUAGAAAGCAUUGGGGAACAUUUUUCUGAGGCCGGUCGCGCUCUUCAGUGUUUGGACGUCGAUAAAGCACAGUGCUUCGAAGCCGUUGUACACAGUAAACUACUAGUGGAGUGGUUACGUUCUACUAUUAAAUCCACCCAAGAGUUAAAGGUUCUUGUUGACUUGGCCUUGAUCUCUGCUGGUGAAAGCGACAUGGAAACUAAACGUAUAACCAGUCUACAUACCAGCUGCUUAGGUUUCGCUCCUCUGAUAUUUGACCUCAAAGAAACUGAAGACGACAAAGUGAGCUUUGACCAACUGAUAAAAGCUUGUGAACCCGUAUGGAAAGCAGUGGAGACGGAUCCAAUGUUACCCACGAAAUUGUGUGAUACCAGCAGACAUCUGGAGUGGCUGAAAACUGUCAAAGAGUCUCACGGUUCGGUUGCCAUGACGUCAUUAACACAGGCUAAGAACAUCAACUCGAGUGGUGUGUAUGUUGUGGGUCACUUGGACACCAUAAAGGGUCCGUCACCAGAACAAGGAAAACGAAUGUUAUCCAAAGACGUGAUACGACUAACAGUAACCUUAAAGGGUGAGAGCGAAGAGCAGCAGACGAAAACCUAUUCCAUUGAUGAACUGAAGGAUUUACAGAGCAAACUCAUGUUGAUCGCAGGAAAGGCUGAAAAAGGGAAGGAUGACGUGGAACUGUUUGUGAGGAAUCUUGAAGGUGUUAUGCGCUUAGCGACUGCAUACAUUGACCUCUUUGACUCCGGUUACGUUCAUCGCAUGGGUUGGAAUCAAGAAUUUCAUUGCAGCAAAGACCAAGUCACGGGUGAAUCUAUCGCAAAAGAACUGGAAGAGGAGAGCACAUGCAUGGAAACGUGUUACUUGAACUGGAAGAAGAAGGUCAAGGACGCAAGGAAGGAGUAUACAGAAUUGAACUUCUUCACAACACAACAGUUGAUGACGCUCAGGAAGGAGAUUGCGACAGUUUGCCACAGCAACAGUCUUAUCAUGAGCAACAUCCAAGUGCUCGCUUUGCUCGAGAGCGUUCGUCCCAAUUUAACCAGUGAACAGUUAAAAUUAGCAAUACAGCACGCUUUUAAGGACACAGACUUAUUGGAAAACGCCAGAGUCACAGUGGAGCCGCCUUCGUUCACUCACUUCCCUACACCAGACGAAAUGGUUACACGCAGGUCUGUGUUUGACAACAACAACUAUUUAGGAGCGAGUUCCUCGACAGCAACCAGUGCGUCGCAAGUUCAACCUGCGUCCGUCAAGAAACCAAGGCCAAAGGAGACGUCUAAGAUUCAAAGUUUCUUGAAUGCAGCUACCGAUCAUGGUUACUCGGAGCAGAUCGCGCUGGCGGCUUUGGCGAGUCUGGGUGUUGAUGCAGAAGAGUGUGAUCUCCUUUUGUGGUGUCUAGAAGAUGCCGACGAGGCUGACAUCGAAGCGUUGUACGAAGAUGCAAAGCAAAAUCCUAUGAUUGCCCGAGAAAUCUUCCCAGAGAAAGUUGAGUCAGCUGAGCAGGAAGUGCAAGCGGAAGAUUUACGUAAAAACGAAACCGAAUCAGCCAUGGUACUGAGGAUGUCAUCUACGUCCGCUGAAACCAUUAUAGAAGAUCAGGAGGUUAGCAAAGACGAAGAUAACGAGGCAGAGAUUAGUCAAUAUCUUACACUCACUCAGCUUGGGAAAAUCCUUAAGGAACUUUCCGUUCUAGGAAUUGGAGCAACAGCUCGCACCUUUCCAGCAUUCUUGAAAAGAGGACGACCCAACCUCAUGCUUGUUCCUAAAGAUGACAUCCUUGCUACAGUCCUCGCCCUGUAUAUGCAUGACAAGAAGCAGCCGUUGCCAAGCCACGAAGAGGUACUGCUUUGCACUCCCGAUACCACUACAGAAGAGAUCGAACUGCUGUGGAGACGUGCCAUAGGGGACGUGGAGGGUCGAUUUUAUUGCCUCGUACAUGCAGAUGCGUUGGACUUCUCUGUCAGUAAACAAGCAGUGCACAUACUAAGCGUAGUGACACAGGGACUUGCUGGCAAGGCUGGAGAACAUUAUGGUCUGGUGGUAAUCUGCAGUAGCGAAAAUGAAGACCGUGCCAACGUAAUAGCAGCUCUUGAUCAGUAUCGUGUUGCUGCUCCACCUUGUCCUUCACCAGAGGACUUGAGAGGCUACCUCAAGCAUCAAUUCAAAGCACCUCCUUCUCAGGGCGGAUACAUCGGUAGUAGUAAGAUUACUUGGACGACAGCUGGAUCUUUAGACCCAGAAAACCUCUGUGUCCGAAUUGUCUCAUCACACCGAGGAGGUUUAGGGAAGACUUUGUACGUUCGUCGCUUAACAGAACAGCUGCCCAACCUUGUAAACAACGACAUGGUUAUGACAACUUGGCGAGGACAAGAUUCUAAAACAUUCUUGCACGUGACCGUACCUCUUCAUGGGAACUCCACCGACUCAUCAAUGCUUGUAGAUGCGCUUCUACCGCAUAUGGUGAAGGUCAAUGUACCGCUGUCCCGUAUUUUUCAUCUAGACGUGUCGCCUUCGAUGAGACGUGGUCUGGACGCUCUUCUUUUUAACCUUCUUGUCCUUGGCUGCCUUUGUGACAAGAUUGGAAGAGUGUGGAGAAGAAGAAGCACAGACUUGUACAUCAUUGAGAUUACGACAGCUGCUCCCCUACCCAUGGGUUUCACCAUGGAGGAAGAAGCUCAAAGCUCAGAGAGACUAUCUGGAAAAUCCACAAUGUCUAAGCGGCCUUUUUAUGAUCUGCUACCGACCAUUGAAUGUCAAACUCCAAGAACUGUUCUAUGCCGUUUUGCUGAUACUCCAGAUAAAAAAGACUUCAAUCCUUUGUUUGACGUCAAAGAGUUUCGAAACGCGCCGUUCCAGCGGGUUUAUCAAUAUCUUAAACUGUCAAAUGAAGGAAAGAGUUUGGACAAUUUUACGUUUUCGCCUGGUGAUGUCGAUGAUGAUCAAAGGACUUGCCUCGUGCUCCUUCUCAGAAACUGCGGUAUUCCUGAUCCGUCGUGGUCAGAGAUUCGUCAUUUUGUGAGUUUUUUGAACUCGCAGCUCCGAGACUGUGAACACAGUUUUUACUGUGACAUGAAGCUGAUGAGGACCGUUUUAGAGGGACCCCAUGUGCUGAAUCUUGAGGGCUUCCGCUCUUUUGUUGUGCGCUUUAUGAUACAAAUGUCAAGGGAUUUUGCCACUCCAUCUUUGACUGAGGAGAAUACUGUAUUUUAUACAGAGGAUAACGCGGAACUUGAACGAAAAGAAAUUGAACAGUUUCAACUCAGGAGACGUUGGGAAAGCAGUCCUCAUCCAUACCUGUUCUUCAACCAAGACCACGUAACUAUGACGUUUCUUGGUUUCUUCAUCAAUUGCGCUGGCGAUCUUGUUGACCCACAAACAAGGCGAACUUUGGAGAAGGGUUUAAUGUCCAAAACUUUGCGUAUUGGACUGCAGGCCCAACGUGUCGAUUUUGCAACAAACAUGGAGACCUCCAAAAAAGAAGACAAGAUAAAUCAAUUAUGUUCUGUGAUGGGUGUAAACUGGUCGUACGAUCCAGACCGAGCCUAUGAACUAACUACAGACAAUGUCAAGAAGAUUCUGGCUAUUCACAUGAGAUUCAGAUGCAACAUACCUGUGAUUGUGAUGGGUGAGACUGGCUGUGGGAAGACGCGUCUCAUCCGAUACAUGUGCGGCCUACAAGCAGGGCCUAAAGGACCCCGAAACAUGCUUCUCGUUAAGGUCCAUGGCGGUACAACAUACGAAGACAUUAAGCUCAAAGUUCAUCAAGCUGAGAAAAUGGCUCGCGCAAAUCAGGACAGGAAUAUUGACACCGUUUUGUUCUUUGAUGAAGCCAACACUACAGAGGCACUGACCAUGAUCAAGGAGGUUAUGGUAGACCGAAGAAUCAAUGGUCGGCCUAUUGGACAAGGGCUAGAAAGGCUGCAGUUCAUCGCUGCCUGUAAUCCCUACAGAAGGCAUACAGAUGACAUGAUCCACAAGCUGGAAUCAGCAGGUCUAGGAUAUCACGUGAAAGCAGAUGAAUCAGAAGAUCGACUCGGUCAUAUCCCAUUGCGUCAUCUCGUUUACCGUGUACAUGCCCUCCCAGGAAGCAUGCGCCCGUUGAUAUGGGAUUUUGGUCAACUGAAACCCGAUGUGGAGAGACUGUACACCAACCAAAUUGUCAGCCGCUUUAUUCUUCACGAAGGCCAACUAGUAGGGGACUAUUCCACGGUAAAAGCAGUCGCCCAGGUUCUGGCAGCCUCCCAGAAAUAUAUGAGAGAUCAGUCCGAUGAGUGCAGCUUUGUUAGUCUUCGUGAUGUUGAGAGAGCCAUGCAAGUAAUGGUUUGGUUUUAUAAGCACGCGGAUACACUUGGUAGACUUAUGAAAAAGGUGAUAGCCGAGCAACGAAGAGAGGAAGGGUUGGACGUCGACGGAAGUGAUGAUGAAGACGAGGAGCCAAUUACUCCUCUUACCCGUGCCUUGGUACUCGCGAUUGGUGUCUGCUACCAUGCCAAGCUUCAGGAGCGGCGUGAAGAAUAUCGCACUGUCGUGGCAAGCAGCUUUGAGGCACCAUGUUUGCUCCCAGGUGGUCACAAGCAGAUUCUUCGUGAGAUUUCGAGUUGCCAAAAAGCUGUGCUAAACGAGUUGGAACUCGGCCCCAACAUAGCUCGCAACACAGCCUUGAGCGAGAAUGUGUUUCUGAUGGUGGUGUGCAUUGAGCUCAGGAUCCCAUUAUUUGUGGUUGGAAAACCGGGCAGCUCAAAAUCUUUGGCCAAGACAGUUGUUGCUCAUAACAUGCAAGGCGAUGCCGCAAAAUCGGAACUCUUCAAGACCUUCAAGCAGGUCCAUAUGGCAUCGUAUCAGUGUAGUCCUCUUUCAACCCCAGAGGGUAUCUUGGCGACCUUCCGUCAGUGUAGCAAGUUACAGGAAGGAAAAAAUUCAGACAAGUUUGUUUCGGUUGUGGUCCUCGAUGAGGUUGGACUAGCUGAAGACUCUCCUCUCAUGCCUCUUAAAACCUUACACCCAUUGCUCGAAGAUGGGGUCACCUCUGCUGAUGACGUAAUCGAGACUGACGAGAAACCGCAGCGCGUAGCUUUUAUUGGAAUUUCAAAUUGGGCCUUGGAUCCCGCCAAAAUGAACCGUGGAAUCAUGCUUUCGCGUGGAGUACCAAGCAAAGAAGAACUUAUAGACAGUGCUCUGGGAAUAUGCUCCACGGAUAAAAUGGUAAAAGCUCUUAUCCAGCCUCUCAUAUCUCCACUGGCCGCUGGGUAUGCAGCACUGUACAAGGAACAGAAAAGCUUUGUAACGUUAAAGGAAUGUGGCAAAGAAGAAUUUUUCGGCCUCCGUGACUUUUACAGUCUUAUCAAGAUGGUGUACUCCGUCGCGGCAAAGUCUAAAAAGCGACCUCUUUGGCAGGAACUGGAACAUGCUAUUAAGAGGAACUUUGGGGGCCUGGUUGAAGGUGACCCUGUAGGAAUAUUCAAACGCUACUAUACCGAAAAAGAUGUGCACGAUAAGGGAGAGACCUCUACGACAAUAAGAUUGAUCGAGGCAAGUCUUGGAAGGGAAGACGUAGCUGACAGAGCUAAUUUCAGUGAAAACCGUUACCUUCUGAUUCUGACUGAAAAUUACGCUGCCCUACCCAUCAUGCAACAGCAUUUUUUAAAGACAGCAGUUGAUGCAGUGGUGAUCUUCGGAAGUAGUUUUCCAAAUGACCAGGAAUAUACUCAGAUAUGUCGCAACAUCAAUCGCAUCAAGGUUUGUAUGGAGACAGGAAGAACAGUGAUAUUGUUGAACCUUGAAAGUCUCUACGAGAGUCUUUACGAUGCUCUAAAUCAGUAUUAUGAACGCUUUGGAGGAGAAAAGUACGUGGAUCUUGGGCUCGGUACUCACCGUGUCAAAUGUCGUGUCCAUGAUGGCUUCAAACUGAUAGUGAUUGCUGAAAAGGACGUGGUGUACAACAGCUUUCCUAUUCCGUUGAUAAACCGUUUAGAGAAACACUUCCUUGUGACCUUAACAAGUUUGAGUCCUAAACAGAAGAAGCUGGUACAGAAAUUAAGAACGUGGGCUAGCGAAUUUGCCAAGGUUACGAGUGAAGGCAGACGUAGUAGGGUUUUCUCCAUCGGAGAUGCUUUCGUUGGAUUCCACGAGGAUACAAUUCCCUCCAUUGUUAUGCAAGUCUGCUAUGAAAUUGAGAGAGAUAACUACGCACCAACUGAUGAUGACGCUAAGAAUGCAUGGGAAGAUGAAGUAGAGUACCCAGAAAUGGUACGUGAAAGAUCUGAGACGAUGCUUCUUCAGAUGGCUACACCUGAUGCAAUUGCUCGUCUUCCACACACUGCUUUGGGAGGAAUGGCACGUGAUGUUUGGAAUGCUUACUUCAACGAGCAACAACAUUCAAGUUUGGCAGCGUUCAUGUCGCUCAUGCUCCUUUCGGACGAUAUUCGUCUAGAUAAAAAGCAUCAGGAGGGGCUCCUAGUUCAGAUUACUACUCAUUCACGUCUGCUCUCUAACAUCGAUUUGGAAGACAUAUGCAUCCAAACUAAAUUUCACCGUUCCACUGUUGAUUUCUUGACACUUCAGCAGUUCCAAACGGAACAACAGUUUAGAGCUUCAGUCAGAGCGUUUUUUGAACAACUUGGAGGAGAAUGUCCUGGCAUUCUUCUUGUUCAGUGUGAUUCAGGAGAUGAAAACUUCAACCUGAUUGCAGGUGCAAGGCACAUUCUGCUGGAAGAACGAACAAACGCGUCUGAAAUGCUCAAUUUGUGUUCAGUGGAAGCUGUCCACAUUGUGUUGAUCAUACAGCUGCCAAGAAUCGCUGGUGGAUGUCGUAACUUUGUUGGUUUCCAGGGUGGAAAAUGGAUGUCCCUUCACAUCGAUGAACUUCGUCCACCUGGUAAGCACACUCCUUCCAUUGAGCAACUCAUCGAUCGUCCUAUCAGUAAGCUUUUUAGUGGAGUCCACAUCGAGGAAGAUGACCUCAUGCAAGCAGCGACGGUGGCAGUGAAACUCCUUCGUAACUGUGUACAGGCAGCCGCUUGUAGGGUUGAAAGCGAAACGGAAUCUGCUGAACGGUCAACUCACAGGAUUGAGCUGCUUUUGGAUUUAUUACCUGAUAACUUUCAAAGUCAAAAGGGUGAAGAGUCCUUUGCAAGCGUGGUGGUACAAAGAACAUACCACCUCUUAGAGGAAAGUGAGCUAAUAGCGUCAAAUCCACAAGGAUGGCUCCAAUCAGAAGCUCUGUUGGGAACAGGGGUGCAAGAGUGGGGCACCUUUAGAAAGGCUCUUUUGCAGCGAGUGUUUUCAGUUGUGGUUCCUAUUUUGGCGGAAAUCAUUGCAUUUGCAGACAGGGACUGCAAUUUGGACCUAGUGAAGAAUGAUGACACUUGGGUUUCGAGGCUGUGGUUGAAGAUCUUGGCUGACCGUACCAUCUCAAAGCUAAGUUACAGCGACAUGAUAUCACCUGGUACUAAUUCUGUUCGAGAGCGUGUUCAAGUUAUUGGUUCUGGAGCCGGCGGUCAUCGUUUUUCUUGCCGAUUUCCGUUUUCGUUCAUUAUCAAGCAACGCGUGGAAAAAUUGUUGAAAGAAGCCUCUAGCGUGGAAGCUCAUUCAUCGAGCACCACUCUGUUGGACUCUCUUCGUGAAGUGAUCGUUAACUCGCAGUUGGGACCUCCACUUGAUGAAUUGCGCCAUUCAAACUCCGCGGGACUGCUGUAUCUGAAGGAUUUCGUUCACAUGGUGUACAAGCAUUCCAGCGAUGUGGAACACGAGCUUGUUUACGAGGCGAUUAUUUCGUCAGCGAGGGAAGUCCGUACCCUGGAAGAUAAAGAUGAUAACGAGUUGAUGGAUUUAGCUCUUGUUCAUGUAGCAUACAGUAGAGUUCAACACCGAUUGAGGUGUUUUGAUACACUCGUUAAAGCAAAUCCAGAUCUGGUACCAAGACUACGAGAAGCUCUUCAAGGAAACGAGACAGAAGUGCUUUUGGAUGUUAUAACUUUGCGCAUUUGUCUCGAAGCACUCGAGCCAUCGCGUGAAAUGUUGCUUUCUCCGGACACACGACGAACUUGGUGUGAUAGAGUUUUGUCUAUAAGGCCAGCAGUGGAAGACAUGAUUAGGAAAGAGAGGUUUGGACCUGUCACGGAGAAAUGUUCAAACUAUGGAGGGAGAUCAGCAGUAAUGCUCGAAUACUGCAGGUCCAUGUGGCAGCGAACAGGGGCUGUUCGACUUUUUGUGGAACACGUGACUUUGUUCGCCGAGAAAGAUCAAGAUGUCAACUGCGAGAACGUGAUCCGGUUGUGGAAGGUUUUGGGAGACGAAUCUGACUUUUCAUCGUUGAGAUCGCUACAGGCUACUGAAAAAUUCUUGAUUAACUACAGUGAAGACGUCAAGCAGAGGACAAGUGAAGAGACUGCAUCUGAGUUACGCCGCCGAUGUAACGCCUUUUUCAUGGAGCUGGUGUCAAUAUUCUGUUUUGGUGACUCAGUGUCAAAGGACCUUGAACAUGAAGCUAUCUCUCUACUCAUGCGUUAUGUUAUCGGUCAUCAGUCAAGCCAGACAAAGGAUUUCUCUCCAUUCCCUGAUUAUUGUAUCGACCCCACUCCUGUGGUGCGUUCAUUUCUUCUCCAACAGCUGUUGCGCUCAAGUGCAAAGUUGACAAAGUUGGUGAAAGAGCAUCUGAGAGUUUUCUUACAAGGGGCUCGGGACUUAAAACCAGAACCUUCGCACGUCAAAGAAGUCUGCUUCUUAUGCGUCCAGUGCAUGGAGGACAUCCUUAUCAGCCGUUAUCAGGCCAAAGUAGCCGAUUCGAAGUUGACAGUAAAACUCAAACAUGCUAAAAAGACUUGUGAAGAGUCAUUUACAGCUCUUAGCGCCAGUGACGAGGAUUCUGCUGAAAUGAGCGCGCUUUCUCUGGAUGGGGUUGCCAAAGGACGUUACGUCUUAUCACUGGUGGUAGAGUUACUUUACAAAUUGUUCAUUGAGGGAGAUAGCAGCUACAAAGACUUUGACGCCAAGAGAGAAGUGAUGUUAUUAUUAGAGUCUGCAAGGAAGCUUUGCAUGGAAGUGUCAAGUACCACACCGCAGCUCUACCUGCUUAAACAGCUUGUCAGGAGGUAUGGUUUGGACUGUGUUCGGACUCUGGGUGAAUAUGAGGAACUGGCGUGGAUUCUACCACCGGAGGCCAGACAGCAGGAGGAGGAUGUAAUCCAAGACAGAUUUAUUGUUCAUGGAGACCAUUAUCGUACCAUCCGGGAGGGGCUGGCCAAAACUGUCAUUACUGAGAACAUCCAAGACAUUGUUACUGCCAUUACGGAAACAAGAUUACAAGAUGUCUCUAAAAACGUACUUCUCCUCCUGGUGAUCUACCGUGAAAUAACGAUGUCAAAUGUGUCUCCAGUUCAGACACAGAAUUUGUCCCAAGAGGUGAGGGUAAAGCUUGAUGAUUUCGUAAGAAGUGGAGGACACCUACACGAAACGGCCCGACCUUUCGCCAAGGAACUUCUUGAAAACAAACAGGGUGGAAAUCUUAGAGAACUUCAUAUAUACAAUGGAAAGAGUGCACAGGAGCAUGCCUUGGCUGAAAUUGUGAUUCAUACAGUUGUGGCUUUGCAGUGUAUUGGUGCAGGAUCCUUAGCUCAGCCUCUUUAUGCUCUCAUGACUGAUCCUUCGAUUAUGAAAAAUUCAUUCCUACCAACAAUGCCUGAGGAUAACUACAUCGAGUGCAUGAAGGCCAUUGCUGAAACUAUGAGUGGCACUGGUUGGGUUGGAGAGUGGUACGAGUGUGGUAAUUGCAGAUAUGUGUAUUUCAUUGGGGAGGGGGUCCUUUUUCAAGAAACUGGUGUUCAAGAAAGGGAGUCUUCCUAA